AUGGGAGGUUUGAUGAGUUACUUUCGAGGUCUGUUCGGCCAAAGAGAGAUGCGAAUACUUAUUUUAGGCCUUGAUGGUGCUGGUAAAACUACUAUUUUAUAUAGAAUUCAGGUUGGUGAAGUGGUAACUACGAUUCCUACAAUUGGUUUUAAUGUUGAACAAGUUACAUAUAAAAAUUUGAAAUUUCAGGUUUGGGAUCUUGGCGGCCAAACGUCUAUUCGCCCAUACUGGAGGUGUUAUUAUUCAAACACUGACGCUAUUAUUUAUGUUGUUGACUCUGCCGAUAAAGACAGAAUUGGUAUCUCAAAACAGGAACUAGUUUCUAUGCUUGAGGAGGAAGAACUCAAGUCAGCCGUACUAAUAGUCUUAGCCAACAAACAGGACAUUCCUGGAUGUCUUUCUGUAGCAGAAAUUCACCGUGCUCUAGGUUUGGAAGCAUUACGAAACAGAACCUUCCAAAUUUUUAAAACUUCAGCUACAAAGGGUGAAGGCCUAGACGAGGCAAUGGAAUGGUUGUCGAAUACGCUUCAGCAGCGAAAAUAA